AUGUUGAUCCCAGAAUAUUUCAGAGACAAGGUGGGUGAGAGUGUGGCAGAGUUAUUUGAAAAGGAAAAGUAUGAAUUAAGAAUAGCUGGAGGUGCUGUCAGAGAUUUAUUAAGUGGAAUGAAACCACAAGAUGUGGACUUUGCCACCACUGCUACACCUACUCAGAUGAAGGAAAUGUUCCAGUCUGCUGGUAUUCGUAUGAUCAAUAACAGAGGAGAAAAACAUGGAACAAUUACUGCCCGGCUCCAUGAACAGAACUUUGAAAUUACCACACUUAGAAUUGAUGUAGUCACUGAUGGACGACAUGCAGAGGUGGAAUUCACAACUGACUGGGAACAAGAUGCUGAAAGAAGAGAUCUUACAAUCAAUUCUAUGUUUUUAGGUUUGGAUGGCACGCUUUUUGAUUAUUUCAAAGGUUAUGAAGAUUUGAAAAACAAGAGAGUCAGAUUUGUUGGACACGCAAACCAGAGAAUACAAGAGGAUUAUUUACGAAUACUGAGAUAUUUCAGGUUUUAUGGAAGAGUAGCAGAAAAGCCUGGUGACCAUGAAUCUAAUACUCUGGAAGCAAUUAAGAAAAAUGCCAAAGGUUUGGCUGGAAUAUCAGGAGAGAGAAUUUGGGUGGAACUGAAAAAAAUUCUUGUUGGAAACCACGUAAAUCAUUUGGUUCGACUUAUGUAUGAGCUUGAUGUUGCUCAUUAUAUAGGAUUACCUGUUAAUGGGAAUUUAGAGGAAUUUGACAGAGUCAGUAAAAAUGUUCAGAAUCUGUUUCCAAAACCAAUGACCGUUCUAACAUCACUGUUCAAGGUGCAGGAUGAUGUCAUAAAACUCGAUUUGAGGCUGAAAAUCUCAAAAGAAGAGAAGAACCUUGGCAUUUUUAUAAUGAAGCAUAGAAGAGACUUAAUCAAAGCUACAGAUAGUCCAGAACCACUUAAACCAUAUCAAGAAUUCAUUAUAGAUUCUAGGGAACCAGAUAUGAAUUCCAGGAUCUGUGAGCUUCUAAAAUACCAAGGAGAAGAGCAUCUUCUAAAAGAAAUGCAACAAUGGUCUGUCCCUUCUUUUCCUAUCAGUGGACAUGAUUUAAGAAAAAUGGGAAUUUCUUCUGGAAAAGAAAUUGGAACAGUGUUACAGCAGUUAAGGGAUCAGUGGAAGAAGAGUGGUUACCAAAUGGAUAAAGAAGAACUCUUAAGUUGUGUAAAGGUGUAGGAUUUGAUGAUAGUUUAGCAAUGCACAUAAUUGUAUUUACCUUGUUACAGGGAGAGUCAAAAUAGUUGUAAAUAUAGUGCUGUUACCAGCCAGUAUUGCUUUUGAGUUCUAGACAUUGAGGUGUGGAACUGUUUCAUGUUCAAAAUUCAUACUAAGCUCUGAAAGCAGGAGUUUAGCUAUGUGGUAAUGUGGGGCUUUAUUUCUGCCAAUCUGACUGAAAACCUACCUCUGAUAUGUUAAAAUGGUAAAUAGUACAUACUUUGGUUUUGUAUCUUCUAUGUUUCUAAUGGCACCCAGAGGUCACACAAGGAUUCUUGUUAUUCUGAUUUAGCUACAAACAAGGUGAAUGACUUCUGAGCUCCAGAUAAAAAUCUCUUUAAUGCAUUAUUUUUGCCUGGAGGAAGUCUUGUACUUCUAUAAGUAAUGAGAUCUAAAUAUUUUUUGUAGUCAAAGCUGAGUAUCAGAUAGAAUUGCUGAAGAGAACAUUUUACAAACAAAUGAUGUCCUGUCCUGUGAAACAACCCUGUUUUCCUAAAGUUUUUAGUUAUUUUAAUUCCAGAAUCAACUGUAGAUUAAAAAGAUGUCUAGGUCAAUAUCAUAAGAAGUAUCUACUUGGGAAUAAGUACUUUUUAUGUGUCUUAUGAUUUUUUCAGUCUUGUUUCUCAUUUUACAAGUGUACAAAUUUAUUGGAACCCCCUGCCCUCUUUCAAAAGUAUAUUUUAAUUUUUGUGCAUAUAACAUUGAAGUCUAGAACAGAGCCAGUGCUGCUGGUCCAGUUUUCUCCUCCCGGUGUCAGGUAUGUUGUCAUAGUAAAAAGAAGCACCUCUUAUUCCCCUAAUUGGUUAGAAGUAAUGCAUUUCGCUACAAUCACAGUUACCCAAAAAAGCAAAAGUGUUAGGGUGUUUUUCACUUGACAUACCAUGUGCAAAAUGAACCUGAACUUUGUACAGUAGUGAUCUCUUUGAUGUACUGACAUUCCAAUGAAAUAUGAGCAUGGAAAAUCAUCUAGCAUUUGAGGGGAUAAAAAACUGACUGUACAAAUAUAUUUAGUACAGUACUACUCCCACAUCUCCCAAAAUAACUGACUUAGGGCCUAAUUCCUGUCUCCCUUACUUAUGUUUUAGUUCCUUUCAGGGAAUAGUUGAAUUUAAAUCAAUGGGGUUAUUUCAACAAAACAGACGACAAAACUACUCACUUUAGGUGGCAGUAAAAUAGAGCAAUUAUACAGCAUACUGUGUAUCCAUGUACUUUUCUGUAUCUAAUUAUUAUUGGAGGGAAGGUGGUUGGAAUUCCAGUUAUUUACACAGUGAAAACAUGAUACAUUCUGUAGCUAUAUAGGGCCAGUGAUCAGAAAUUGAGCAAACCAAUCCUUGUCUGCUGUUUUUGUUAUUAAAAGUCUGGUUGCAUUUUGUUAGUCUGAUUUGCUUAUCACAGCAUUCUACCUGCACAAUGUUUAAUUUUUUUUAAAAUUUGUUGGGGGGAGGGGGAAGAAAUGUGAUACAAUGUAGCGCUGAAGUAGAUCCUUUCCUAAGGAAUUAAAACACUAUAUAAACCUGAAUUUAAUCCUUAAAGCAACCCAGUGAAGUAACAAAAUUCUCUUUUCAGGAUGAAACAGAGAGGGUUUGGUGUCUGUAACCUUCCUAUCCUUAAAACUUCACAUUUGCAGCAGAUUCAAAAGCAUGUUGCUUUGAUUGUAGUGUGAUUAAAAGCAAUCACCAUGUUUUAAUUGCAACCUACUUAACACCUCAGAUCAAAUAGCCCAGUUAUAGUUCUUAGUCAGUUUGGGGUCCCUGCCUCAGAUGCACUGCAUACUCAACAUUUGCUUCACAGAAUUUGGAAAAAAUUUAAGAUGUGAAACUGUAAAAUCAAUGUUCAUAUUUGUAAAUGAUUGCAUAACAUUUUAAAUGAACUAUUUUAUUAAAUUCUACAAAACAUUAAAGCUUGCUCUUAGUAGUUCU